AUGGAAGCGCAGGUUAAGUUCCUGCUGCAGGCUGCAAUCUGUCUCUGUUUAGUGGUGGCUGCAGAUAUUGUCAGAGAGCCGCUGCUCUGCCCACCGUUGGAAAACUGCUCUCUCUCUGGGCAUGACUGCCCAUUUGGCUUCCAGCAAGACCCCAGCGGCUGUCUGCUAUGCCAGUGUGUCAGCAAUGAAACAUGUCCUGAUGUGUCCACGCACUGCUCUCUGGAGUGUCCCAUGGGUUAUGAGAAAGACAGCUAUGGUUGUGAAGUGUGUGAAUGUGUGAAUGUAGCCACACCAAAGUGUCGCCCCAUGACCUGCAGCAAGACAUGCCCUUAUGGAUACAUGAGGAACAAGCACGGCUGUGAGAUGUGCCGCUGCGUCCGCUGUCCGCCGUUCACCUGCGACAAACACUGCGGCGGCGGCUUCAGAAAGAGCAGGAAGGGCUGCAGCGUCUGCGAGUGUGAAGACGCAGACAGACACAGCGCCUCCGUCACCGUCUCCUCCAGCUUCUGUCUGAUGGCGAGCGGCCGGCGUUUCGAGGAGGGAGACGGAUGGCACGACGGCUGCCGAGACUGUUUCUGUCACGCCGGCCGAGAGAUGUGUGUGCUGAUCACCUGCCCUGUGCCCACCUGUGUCCACCCUGUGCUCCGAGCCGACCAGUGCUGCCCCGGCUGUGACGACGAUCUGGAGCCGCCGCGUCCCGUAAACAGCAGUCUUCAGGAGCUCUGUGUCUCCAGCGCUGGAGAAAUCCUGCGCAGCGGCGACUCGUGGAAACCCAACGCCUGCAGCAGCUGCGUCUGCCGCGACGGGAACGUCCGCUGCUUCUCACAGCAGUGUCCACUCGCCGACUGCAGGGUCCCUGUGCUGCGCAAGGGCCAGUGCUGCCCGCAAUGCAUGCUGGAGAUAACGAGCUCGUCAGCGCCGCUAAUGCUGUCGACGGCCGUCACCGAGGCUGCUCCUCCGCUCCACAGCGUCACACAUGGUGAAGGUCUCUCGCGGGACGUCCCGAGCCAGACGCAGAUGACGCUCAUCUACCAAUCAGCGGCCUGGGUUCUGGCGGGAAUCCUGCUGGCUGUGUUCAUCUUCCUCCUGGUGGCCAUCCUGGUGAACUGCAGGAAGAACUGGGUUCAGAUGUCCUGCUACGGCGCGCCCAAGAAGACGGUGAUCCUGCAGAAACACGUGAACAAGAGUUCUCUCGUCUACAUGGAGCCGUCCAGAGAGAGUCAGUUCCAGAGCGUGAAGAGCGGAGAGCGAGUCUGCGUCCCGCGUGCUAAACUCACUAACGGACACGUCCAGCGCUAGCGUCAGAGGCCAGAAACUCCACCGAACGCCGGCGCAAGAACAUCCCAGUACUGUGAUCACCUCCUGCUUUAUUCCGUGUUUUUAUGAUGUUCGGAGCGUCCAAACUAAACAGGACCACAGAAACUAAAGCAAGCAAGAAACAAACCAAACGUUCAGGAACCAGACGGACCUUCAGAGACCAGAGAAAAGAGAUCUGCAUCAUAUUCUGAGGCCUUGCAGCACAGACGUGUUUCCUGACCUCUCCAGUCUGUUUAUUCGUUUCUAUACGCUCAAGUGUUUUACUUGUAGUUUGUUGUUAGUCGCUUGUAAGCCUCGUGACUGAACAUUGCUGUAUACACACACACACACACAUACACACAAACAUACACUCACUCACACACUC